AUGAAGCCCACAUUAGCAUUUCUUCUCGGUUUUACACUUUUCUCCCGAGUUGCAGGCUUGCUGAAUCUAACGGCUAUCUUUGCACCCUCACUUUCUCCUGGAGCAGAGAUAAUAUUACCCGGCGAUGUCGACUGGGGGACAAAGGUGCAAGCACGAUGGUCUGACUAUGCAUGUCCCACAUUCAUUGGAGUCAUCAAGCCUAUGACAGAGUCUGAUAUCCAACACACUGUUCGCAUAGCCCAGCUUCACAAUAUCCGGUUUCUAGCAACUGGCGGUGGGCAAUCGUUCUCCGAUUAUAGGACCUUCGAAGGCAUAUCGAUUGAUCUCGGUAACUUCAAUACUGCCAAGUUCGACGACACCCACACGCUCCUGACUAUAGGUGGCGCGGUGAAAUACAACCAGUUGACUGAUCUGUUGUACAAUGCUUCCAAAGAGCUCCCGUUGGCUUCAUGUGCUUGUCCCGGCGUGGUGGGUGCUACGCUCGGCGCCGGGAUAGGCCCCCUGAUGGGCCUCCGCGGAUUAAUGAUCGAUGCACUUGAGUCUGUCAGACUUGUCACAGCGGAUGGAAACCUCGUCACAGCCUCUCAUGAAGAGAAUCCCGAUCUCUUCUGGGGCAUACGUGGUGCAGGAAGCAACUUCGGCAUCGUCACUUCUGCAACAUUCCGAGUUUGGGGUAUCACAAACAAUGGUCUAGCUAUGUCCGCUGGACUAGUGUUUCCCGCCUCCGUGAAUGCUAGUUACUGGCGAGUUUUACAAACAUUCGACACCGAUAUGCCGCCCCAACUCGCUUUAACGAAUAUGGCUUUCUUCGAUCGUCAAACAAAUCAGCCGUAUAUCGUUCUGAACGCCAUUUACUUCGGUCCCAGAGAGGCUGGUGAACCAUACCUGGAGCGAUUCAGAAAGCUAGGGCCUCUCAACGAUACUGUGCGGAUGAUACCUCAAAAUACGCUUUUCCCUCCUGUGCUCGGAUCCUGUACACCAGGUCAAGUAGUCAACAUACACAGUGUUGCAGUCCGGCGCACGGAUCCAGAAACUCUGCAGUCUGUUUUCGCCGACAUGAACCGCUUUUGGCGACAGCAUCCCGGAUAUCAAGGCCGUCUCCUUAUACCUCGCUUAGCAAAUGACGCUGCUGCAAAUGUGCCUCAUAAUGAAACAUCCUUCCCGUGGCGAAAGGCUAUCGCACACAUAAGUAUCGAAGGAUAUAUGAACGACUCAUCCAUACAUGAGAUCGCUAAUGACUUUCAACAAUCGCUCAGGUCUCGAAUCGCAGGCUCUAGUGGAUACGAUUACCUUGCUACAUACGCUGGUUAUGCACGAGGAAAUGAAGGAGCUGGAUCUUGGUAUUCGUCGAGGAACUUAGCUUCGCUCUCCUCCUUGAAACGGAUCUGGGAUCCCAACCUGGUUUUUGCUUACAACAAGCCUAUCCCUCUUAAGCCGUGGGAUUACCUAGUAGAACCUUGGAAAUAUAUAUCAACAAAUUGA